AUGGCGCUCGUCAGUAACCAGAGUAGUAAUUUAAAUAGUAAUUACGGUCAGGACGCCGUCCAAAAGGUCAACGUCCUCUCCUCUUGCUACAUUGUCGAUUCUCAGGCCCAGCUCAAGGGCCUCCACUACUGCACUACGGGGGCUGCAGGACUACCAUCCCCACCAACAAGCCCCCCCCUCGCCGCACUUAACUCGUCCAACGAGCUUGCUCUCCUGCCCAAGCAGAAGAAGCGCGACAAUAUCCCAGGUCGCCGCCUGGGGCGACGAGGGGGGGCGGCACUGUCAAUCAGGGAAGAAUGUGAGAGAUUCUUCUGCGAGUCCAUGAAGACGGCUUUCCUUGGUGAGAGGAACCCGUCCAAGUAUGGCUCCGGCCUGAACAGUGCUCAAUAUCAAGCGCAAAGCAUGCUACCCACGCCACCGCCCGACAACCAGUUCCCGCCCACCAUGCGCCGGGGCAGCGAUGCCCAGUCCCUCUCGCAGCAGAGCAUCAACAGCAGCUCAUGUCCCGGGCCAUUCAACGUCGCUACCUGGAUGGAGGUCUGGGACUAUGCCGGCGGCGCGAGCUUCCGUGCCUUUACUGUCGACAACGGCGAGGAGACCAGUCUCUUCGUCUUUUUCGACAUUGAAGGUAUUGUGGGGAGAGACCUGAAGAAGGCUCUCAUGGCCCUUAUCGAGUUGGCCGACGGUCCCCUGGGCUGUUCCCAUAUCGUCGUAUGCAUCGACCGCCGCAUACCCGCCCAAGAUGCCGUCGAACUGACAAAGAGCCUCCAGUGGGUAGGUUUCGAGAUGAUGACCCUCGACCACUGGGCCAACGAUCUCGACGUUACCAGCAAGAGAUGGGUCUUCAUGGGUAUGGAUAUGUAA